GCCUGCUCCUGCUCCUGUCUCGCGAGCCCAAUCAGGCCGCAGCGUCGCCGCUUCGGCAUCGCCCUCGCGGCACUGCGGGCGGGCGCUCGCGCCGUGCACUGCGUCCGCCUGGCAGGCCGUGAGUCGCCCUCGCACCUCGUCGCCUCGGCGCAGCUACACCUUGCGAUAGGCGACAGCAGGCCUUGCCUUGCAACCGCACCGCCAUCAUGGGUCAGGCUCCGUCGAGCCCGACUCAGUACCACCCCUCGGCCAUCAGCUCGAGUCCGCACGACGGCGCCGCACCGCACGGCGCCCGGCGCUUCGCCCUGCGCGCCGGCCAUCGGCGCAGUGCCAGCGCACGCAGCAGCUCCGGCGCGCCCAGCCCGCUCAUCGAGCAGUUCCAGGCGUCGCACGAGCACGUCAAUCGCGCCCUCUCGCAGAAGCAGGCCUUCGCGCAGGCCUGGCAUGCCGACGGGCCGGGCCAGCAGACGCGCAGUCUGGCCGGCCCCAUGCGAGCACGCAUGCACCCGGCGUCGACGUCGGCCGGCGGCGCAUCCUUGUCCAGCUCUUUCUCGGCGCCAGCGCUCUUCGCCGAAGCAGCAGCCGAGUCUGCAGACCGAAUUCCGCGCUCGUUCUCCAGCGAGGACGGAGCGCUACACUCAGCGGCCUAUCGGCUGGCAUCAGCUCCGGCCCAGCCUCGCAUCGACGAGCUGCCAGAGCCGCUCGAUGCUGCUGGCGCACCACAAGCCGAAGCCGGCGACGCGCUGCCGACGCACUCCGAUCAGCCGACGUUCGCUGCUGCCAGUCCUCUGCCUACUCCUCAUCCGCUGCCCGAGCCACUCGCUCGCGCACUGAAGACUGGGCUUGGCAAGGCAGAGGGAUCACCAGGCGCGGGCCUCGCAGACACACGAGCGUCCAGCGCAGAGCCUCUUGGCCACGAGACGCCAGCACGGUCCGGCACGCCACUCGAUGGCAAGCGGCUCUCCGACCAGUCUGCAGAGGACGCGCUUGCGGCCGCUCGACGCAGCUGGACGAGUGGCAGCGGGCCUGGCUCGAGCAUCAGCCGCUCAUUGCUCAACCGAGAUCCGCGCUGGACCUCGACGUGGGAGGACAGGCGUGGCUCAGACGUCCGCGCGUCGUGGAGCGGCAGCGGCUCUGGCAGUGGGCCUUCGGCGCGUAUCGCCUCGCCGUCGCCGAUGGGCUCGAGACAGAGCCCGCCUGAGGCCACGCCUGCUGUGGACAUCGACGAGGUGUCCGCCACGCAAAGCCGGCACCUGGAGCAGGAGCCGCAGAGCGGUGCCACCUUCGUCGCGAACCUCGAAGGCACGCAGUGGACGUGCGAAGCUGCGCAGCCGCUCGCUCCGCAGAUGCAGCACAGUGCGACAGGCACGGUCUCAGCGCCUGCAGCUGCUUUCUCGCACGCGGCCAAUGAUGGCGCACUGCCUGCUCUCUCCAUCAUGACAGGUCUAAGCGCUUUCGCCGAUCCAUCUGCGCGGCAGCUAGCCGCGCUUCCGUCGCCAGGCCUGACGCUCAGCGAAGGCGGCACCCCGACUGAAGAGAGAGCGCGUCUCUCUGCGCGGCGCAAGCCCGUGCCCAUCGAGGAUUAUCUCGAGGGUCCGUCUCGCCCGCAGCCAGCGUCACGACAGAGCGCAGGCAGCGACUACGCCGCGGUCCUCGCGCCGCCGUGGAUGGACUCGCAUCGCACGAGCAUGGUCAGCCGCUCGAGCCACGGCACCGAGCUGCUGCACUCGCAGAUCGGGCAGAUCCGCGCAGGCCCUCGGCCGCAGAUUGACCGCGUGGCGUCGCAGGAGCUGCUGGGCAUGCAGCCCUCGUCGCCGCCGGCCUCGCCGCCCGAGAAGCGGCCCCGGACCUUCAACCUGCUCGGACGCAUCAUGAGUCGUGUGCGGCGGACCUCGGAGCCGCGGAGCCCGAGCCUCCAGUCACAGGUGCAGACGCCCAGGUCUCAAACAGGUCUCUUCACUCAGACGCCGGCGAGCGAAGGCGGUCGCGCGUUCCCGAUGCGGAUUGGUCGCAAGCGCUCUACAUCUGCUACGCUGCCGAACGAGGAGGCCAUCGGCCGCGCAGACGGGCACAAGCGAGCGAUGAGCACCCAGCACGCGAGAUCUACGAAUACAGCUCAGCCUAGCCUGGCCCUACAGCUCGACGGAACCCGUCCUACUGGGCUGCUGCGAAGUCAGAGCCUGAGCAGCGCCAGCCCGCCGUCCAGCCGACGUGCUAGCGCUCGAGGCUCCGUCGACUUACCACGCACCACGGCUGCCGCUGUGGAAGCCGGAACGCAGCCGCGCUCAGCUCGACACGAAGGCGUGUGGGUGAACGGCGCUGCAGGCGGCAGAGUCCUGGGAAGGCCUCCCGUCACGGAGCAUCUCUCGCCGCAGAGCCGCAGUCUGGGCGCCUUUGGCGACAGCGGCAGCUCAGCUCGUCUCGUCGACGAGAACGGCACAGCAAGGCCACAGUCGAUCGCCGACAUCGAGCCGGAAGCAAACAUGGGUCCGCCUCUCCUGGAAAGAAGGAUGAGUGGCGAGCCGAUGUCGCCGUCGCCGAGCGGCGAUGGCCGGCGCCGUAGCUGGACGUGGCGACGCCGCGGCUCUGCCUCAGCAGACGGCACCGUUCCUGGCGCUUCGACUGCGAAUGCCGGCAGCGAUGGCAAUGGCAAGCGCGCCGCAGACGAGCCGAUCAUCGACAUCGUCAGUCCCUCGCGGCCUGCGACGCCUGAGGUGGUGACAAUUGGCAGGCAAACUGCGCCAGCUUCGCCCGGGCGAGGGGCAGGAGCACAGAGCAGCUUCUCGUCCCUAGCCCCUCCGCCAGCGCCAGCGCCGCUUCCGCCGAAUCGGCCACCGCGACGCGGACCUCGACGCGCCGACUCAGCGACUUCUUCGGUGACCAACCCCUCUACGCCGAUCGAGACGGAUCACUUCACCCAGCCUUCUGCAGGAGACGUGCAGCUAGAAGCUGUGGCGAACCUCGACGCUGCGAAGGAGUCGUCGGACCUGUCUGCUCAGCGCGAUCGGCCAGCCAGCCGCGGAAGCUCCGGCGCCGAGACGAAGGAGGUGCUCAUGUCCUCGGACGACGAGGCCAGGCGCACGGCCGCUGAGACAGGACCCGGAGCGGACGCUGUGCCGGCGAACGUGCACGCCUUCGUCAAGCCCGGCGCAGCGCUGUCGUCGCCCUCGCUGGAUCAGCAAGUCCUCGCCGGGAGUGGGUGGACAGUGGAGUCCAACGCUCCGUCUAGCGCUACCGCUGUUCCGUCUGCUUCGGAGUCGGCGAAGCGUGAGAAGCCGGCGGUCCAGGAAGUGCGCACGCCCGAGGCGACCCUCCGACACCUGCCGCACCAUCUGCUGGCUGAUGCCUUGCCUCGCGAGUACGCAUCGCCUAUCUCGCGCAUGCGUACCAGCCACGCACGGAGCAUCUCCGACCCGCACUCGAUGGCUGGCUCGCCCAGCAGCCCGCUGCCAGCGCUCCUGCAGACGGAGUCCGUCAUGGCGACCGUCGCGCCAGCUGAUGCCGAUGCACGGGCGAGCCAGCGGCCGCUGAGCGCGGUCCGACUUGCGUCGCGCAUGUCCGGCUCGUCCGCGUCGACCUGGGGCGCUGCGACUCGGCCUCGCUCAGCGAUCUCGCCAAUGCCUGCACUCAUGCUCGACACUCGCAUGGACCGUUCGAGCUGGCAGUCGAGCCAAGGCCCCUGGAUGGCCGACGUGAUGCACGUCGAGUCUCACCACGAAGCAGCACAUGGCUUCGCCACACCUGAACGGGCACGCCUGUCGGCGCUGAUGUCGCGCGCCCGUACCACCUCGGCGCCAUCCGCGCGGACAGCCGAGAUGCUGGGGGCUCCGCUGCAGCACGACAUGCCGCCAGCCGAGGAAUACGCCCCAGCGCCACGGGCCGAGACUGCAGUGCAAGCCAGCCUCGCAGCUCUGGCUGCCCUGGAGAACAGCGAGGCGGACGGCUGGCAAGCGCGCUGGGCACGAGACCGCCUCUUCGGCAUCCGCGAAAGCGAGAUCACCGCUGCAGCGGCGCGCCUCCACGAGUCGCGCUACUCUCGGGCCCCAGCACGGGAAAGUCUCGAGGAGCUCUACCACGCGCGACCGCGCCAUCGCCACUCGCCUUACGCCUCUCGCAGCGAUCUGCGCGCCAGGAUGUCAUCGGACGACCAGGCACUGCAGUCCUCGGGCCGCAGCGAUGCUUCUCGACGCAGGCGGCGCCGCCCAGCGCGUUCGCUGCGAUCUCGCACCGACAGCGCCAAUGCCUUCUCUCAGCUGCAGCCGCAGAUCGCGGACGAGGUCGCGAUGCUGGGCCUGACAACUGGCUCGUCCGAUUCAGAGAUGACCGCCGCUCAGAUGGCGUCUCUCGAAGCACGCAUCCGACAAGCUGCAUCGCGCGGCAACACCUCCGCCCGAAGCCAGUCGCUGCGAGCUGGCGGCCCUGCCUCUCGCCAAGGAUCAGCUGCGCGCAGGCUCGACGUUUCCUCCUUUGCGACGCCGCCGCGCGCCGCUGCAGGCUCGGCGACUCGCCGGGCACCGAUCCCCUCCUUCGACGCUGCGAGUCAGAGCCUCGCGGACGAAGAUCACGCACCACGCAUCCCGACAGUCGCCGAGUGGGACGAGACGAUUGUGCCUGCACUCGCGCGUCGGAUGCAUGAAGAAGAUCCGCAAGCACCCAUCCCAACAGGUCCGAGUCACCUGCAGCCUACACUUGCUGCGGCUUCAAGGGCCGAGCUUACCUCUGCAGACACGGCCACGCGUGUGCCGUUUCCUUCUGCUGAGCUGCCCAGCAACACGGGCUCGCCGUCGCUGCGCCGCAGGCCGCGCCUCAAUCUCUCCGAUGCGUCUCGCCGCCCGCACACGUCGUCCGGGACUAUCGCUCUCCAGUACGGCGACAGCCUGCGCGCGAGGCCAGCGAGUCCUGGCCCGAGCAAAGGCUCGCACCUCCUCGACGGCGGAGGCUCUCACCGCCGCACCGCCGACGCGUCCGGCUCGCGCAAGGACAGGCGCGGCCAGCUCGCUGCCGCCGAGGCGCCGCGCUCGUCGCGCAAAAGCUCCAACGCAGGCUCGCAGCGCUCGAAGCGGCCGUCGAAGAAGGGCUACAGCGGCGACGACAUUCUCGCCUGGCAGGCGGCGCUCCACGUCGAGGCGCCUUGACGCGUGCCUCUCGGCCGCACGUCGGCCCACACUCUCCUUUCUUAUCUUGCACUCGCAUCGUCUGUGCCUCCUUCCUCAUGUAUUCUGUCACUCCUUGUCGCCGCCGCUCUGCUGCACGCGUGGUCUCUCGCUGCUGUGCCUCGUCAAUUCAUCUAUUGUCGCCC